AUGGUUGCAACAAGUGCUAGGUUAGCGAAAACCAUCUCAAGUUUACCUCCAUGUUGUUUGAGGAUCCACCCAAGUGAUACGACUAAGAUAUACAUAGGUACUUAUAAGUUGGAAGAAGAUACUGGCACCAAACAUGGAUCAUUAGACGUAUACAAGUAUGAAACGAAUUCAUUAUCAUUGAUUGUCUCCGUCGCCACAAAUUCAGCGAUACUAGAUAUAAAAUUCAAUCCUCAGGAUCCAUCACAAUUGAUAUCGGCCCACUCAGAUGGACAUUUAAUUGUAUGGAAAAUUGGUCAGGACGAUCAAGAAAUCACCAAACUACAAGAAGUUACAAUUGAUGAAGAAUGUAACUGUAUUACUUCAGUUUUUUAUAAUCCAAAUAAUCCUCAUCAAGUACUUGUCACGCUAACUAAUGGAUACCUGGCAAUAUACGACUUGAGCUCCAAUUCAACAACGUACUUGGAAACGCAGCAUACUUUGGAGUGUUGGACAGGAUCAUUUGGAGAAUUGGGUCAAUUAAAUCAUGUUGUAUAUACUGGAGGCGAUGAUUCUCAAUUAAUUGCUCAUGACCUACGAACAUCACUGCCGAUAUGGGCUCUAUCACGUGGUCAUGAUGCUGGCGUAGUUAGUAUCCUAUCCCCAUCCCUGCAAUGUAAUAACUCAAAUUCAAAUUUAUUAUGGACUGGGUCAUAUGAUGAUCAUUUACGAGUAUGGGAUUUACGAUGCAUUGAUAAAUCGAAUCCAAGUUUGAUGGAAGGACUUUUACCGAAAAAGAUACACGAAGAAAAUCUUGGUGGAGGUGUUUGGCGAUUGAUACCUAGUCCCAGAGUAAAUGAUGACCGGAUAUUAAGUUGUUGCAUGUAUGAUGGUGCAAGAAUUAUAGACACAAAUGGUUCUGAUUUCACAGUGGAAAAGUACUUUAAAAAAGAUCAUGAAAGUAUGUGCUAUGGUGGAGAUUGGUCAUCUGAUGGGGAUUAUGUAGCAACUUGUUCAUUCUAUGAUAAAGUUGUACAAAUAUGGUCACCGGAUAAAAUAGAGAAAUAA